AUGCCAUCCGCCCUCAUCACAGGCGCUUCAGGCUUCCUGGGCCGGCAAGUCCUCAAGACAUUAUCAGACUCUGGCUGGGAAGCCACAGGCACAGGCUUCAGCCGCGCCUCAGGACCGAUCCGCAAGGUCGACAUCCAAGAUGCCGAAGCCGUGACCCAACUCUUCGAUCAGGUCAAACCUCAAGUCGUCGUUCACUGCGCCGCAGACAGACAACCGGACUCCUGCACCAAGAACCCCGAAGCAGCACGUAAGCUCAACGUAACCGCGACGGAGCUCCUCGCCUCCCGCGCAGCCGCUCACGGCGCCUUCCUCAUCUACAUCUCCACCGACUAUGUCUUCCCCGGCGUGCAGGGGCAAGCACCCUACAAGACGACCGAUAGACCGGACCCGCCCAACGUCUACGGCCAGACCAAACUCGACGGCGAGACCGCAGUGCUCAAACAUGAAAGCGGCACUGUUGUCCUCCGUGUGCCUGUCCUCUACGGGCCGACGGAGCCAAAAGAAAACAACGCAGAAUCCGCGGUCAACGUCCUGAUGGAUAGCCUGUGGAAGUCUCAGAAGGAGAAGGUGAAAAUGGAUGACUGGGCGAUCCGAUAUCCCACCAACAUCGAGGACGUGGCUCGUGUGUGUCUGGACAUUGCGAAGCUCUAUACCUCGUCCUCGCACCCAGAGCGGUUACCUCGAGUGCUGCAGUUUUCGAGUGAAGACCGCAUGACGAAAUAUGAGAUCGUGCAGAAAUUCGCGGAGAUCAUGGGACUACCUAUCGACGGCAUCGUGGCGGACAAAGAUGGAGGCAAGCCAGGCCCGGACGGGACGCUGAGGCCAUAUGAUUGCCACCUCGACACGAGUGAGUUGCAGGCGUUGGGGAUCGAUAUUGGCACCGUGGAUUUUGUGGCCUGGUGGAGGAGGUGGGUUGGUGCCUUUCGGCAUUGA